UUUUAUGUUUUAUAAAACAGAUGUCAGAUGACGCUGCAGUGAUACGAAAUUACGGGAGUUAUCACACGUGUGGACUGCAAGCUCUAUCUACAGUUAAUAAUCGGAUUUUAUGUUUACGGCAAUGUUCGAUAGAAUGUGAGACGCUGACCGCGAAAUGUGAAAUGUAUUUAUUUCCAAUAAACGCAAAGCACCGUGAAAAUCUUAUUUUACGCGUGUUACAGUAUUUAUGAUAACAAUGAGCUGGGAAAUUAGCUGUGCCGAUAUGUGUCGUGCGUGCAUGAAAGUUGACGGCGUUCUUCUUCCUAUGUACGAUGACGACACGAUUAGUCAGAAAAAUUUGCCCGAUAAGCUUGCCGAACUUGCGUCUAUACAAAUCGACAGAUUUGAUGGUUUGCCCAAUAUGCUUUGCGCAAAAUGUGCUUAUCGUACUGAUGCAUUUUACGACUUUAAACUGCAGGUUCAAGCCACUGAAAAAAAGCUUCGUAAGAUGUUUGAAACGCAAAUUCGAUAUGCUGUAAAGGAAGAAACAGUAGGCAACGAUCAGGAACAAGAAUGCACUGAGCAGUCCAACGAAUCAUUGGUGAAACUAUUAGAGGAUAAGCACAAGGACGCGAAGAUAGAUGUUUCGGACGAGUUUUUAUCUGAAGAAAUAAACGCAGUUGUGAAAGAAGAGCAAGCAUUAGAAUUGGAUGUGUCCGAGUUGGUAGAAGAAAACGUAGAUUUCAAUAAAACCGAGUUAUCCGAACUGAGAGGCAUCAUAAUUUCAAAACUGUCCGGGACAGAAGUCCAAGAUCAGGAUAGGCGACUGAACAGCGAAAUACCCGAAGAGAUUUCGAAGAUCCUAGAGUCCCAGCAGUUAGAUUACACCAUAAUGUACAUACCAGAAGAGGAGGUAUCUCUGGAGCACAUAAACGCCGAUAACGUGCUCUCCUGCGACGCCGUUAUGAAAUUAGAGAAUACCAAAAAGGUAAUAGAGUGUAACGGCGAGGGUCUACACGACCCAAACAACGAAGAGUACCUUAUAACCGUAUGCGACGAUAAGCUUGAAGAGAAUACCUUGGAAAGCAGGCGGGCGAGCCCCGACCUGGAGUCUAUCUGGAAACCUACAGUUCCAGAAGAAAGGGUGAACGGUAAAAGUGCAAGAAAAGUUUCUCCGGAGUUAAGCGAGCAACAAGCUGAAGAGAGUGAUGGGUCUGACUCGGAUUACUUCGUGGACCCGAAGGACAACAUUCUGGGUAGUCUAAACGACACGAUCACGCGAAUAAAGGAGAUCAAACUCGAUGACGACACUAUACAGUAUCAAUGCACCUUGUGUUUACAGAACUACGACAAACUAACUGGUGUUUUAUUGCACACCAUAGAUAAUCACGUGCCCAGCAGUGGUCCGUUCUUCUGCGUGGUAUGCGAGAAGGAUUGCGAGAGCCACCGGGAGCUGCGGACGCACGUGAAGACGCACACUGGCCAGUUACCGUACUCAUGCUUCAUGUGCAACAAGGCGUACACGAUGAAGAGGUACUUGAAACGGCACAUGGUGUGCCACACGGAUUUUCCCAGGCACCGGUGUCCGAAGUGCGGGUCUAGGUUUAAAGUAAAGUCGGAACUAGAAUCCCACAUCGCGACACACAUACGUGGGGCGCCCUACGCGUGCAGCCAGUGCCCCCGGUUGUUUAACCACAAAGGCAACUACAAGCGACACCUUAUUACCCACCUGGACCCGCAGGGACUACACUUACCCAAGUAUCCCUGCAAGGUUUGCGGUAAAAGGUUCCUCAACAACCGAACCCUAGAGACGCACAUGCGCGUUCACACUGGCGAGAAACCUUUCAAGUGCGACGUGUGUGGCAGGUCCUUCUCACAACAGGGAAAUCUGUUGAACCAUGUGAGGAUUCAUUCGAAUCCUAGGAGCUACACGUGCGAGGUGUGCGGAAAGCGAUUUAAUCAGAGAGCGACUCUGAGGGAUCAUAGUUUGUUGCACACUGGAGAGAAACCGUACGUCUGUAACGUUUGCGGCAUAGCUUUUACAUUCAGCGCCGCGUUGAGACGACAUAUGUGGACUCAUACUGGCGGCAAACCGUUCGCUUGCGAAACGUGCAGUGCCAGAUUCGUCGGUAAGUACGAUUUGAGGAGGCACAUGAGGAUACACACCGACAGACCCAGGGCGAAACGGAGGAAAACUGGGAUCAAGUCCAACGAUACACAGCAGGAGGCUAAAGACGAAAGUAUUUCGGUUUCCGAGCAUCCGGACACGGAGACUAUACUCAUCGAACAGGUCCUUCUUAGUCAGGAUGUUACCCAAGUUGUACAGCAGCAGGAGUCCGAGAAGGAGAACGUCGAUGCGCUUUUUAAUCUGAUACAGUACGGUUAAACAUCGUUUAAGCUGUUUUCUUUGUACAUGUUUUUGAAAAAUAGGAUAUACAGUUUGUCGUGUACUUAUGA